AUGCGGCGCGGAAACUCUAUAAAAGGGCACACGGGUGCUGAGCUUGGUGCUAUCUACCCACCCAUAGCCUGCACUGAGCCAGCCACCGCAAAGGAAGAAGGGGAGGAGAGAGGGUGGGAAGAAGGUUUCAGUUCAGGCGAGAUGGCGCCGGCGUCGCUGCCCGUGCUCGUCGCCGCCUUCUCCCUGCUCUUCGCCGCGGCGACUCCGAUCAGGGACGUCGCUGACGCCUGCUCCUCGCAAGUGCAAGCUGCAGAUUUCGAGCACCUGAACAGCACCGCCAUGCACCUCCCGCUGCACCACUCGCGGGGCCCCUGCUCGCCGGUGUCGGUCCCAUCGGACCUCCCCUUCUCCGCGGUGCUCACCCACGACGACGCCCGCAUCGCGUCCCUCGCCGCGCGCCUCGCCAAGGCGCCGUCGUCGUCCACGGCGCGCCCCACGGUCACGGUGGCCUCGCUCUACCGGGCGAACGACAAAGUCGACGGCGUCGCGGCCUCCCUCGCGUCCGUGCCGCUCACGCCGGGCACGUCGUACGGCGUGGGCAACUACGUGACCCGCAUGGGCCUCGGCACACCGGCCAAACCGUACAUCAUGGUGGUCGACACCGGCUCCUCCCUCACCUGGCUCCAGUGCUCCCCCUGCCGGGUGUCGUGCCACCGCCAGUCCGGCCCGGUGUUCGACCCCAAGACGUCCAGCUCCUACGCCGCCGUCUCCUGCUCCACGCCGCAGUGCAACGACCUCUCCACCGCCACGCUCAACCCGGCGGCCUGCUCCUCCUCCGACGUCUGCAUCUACCAGGCCAGCUACGGCGACAGCUCCUUCUCCGUCGGCUACCUCAGCAAGGACACCGUCUCCUUCGGCUCCAACAGCGUGCCCAACUUCUACUACGGGUGCGGGCAGGACAACGAGGGCCUCUUCGGCCGCUCCGCCGGCCUCAUGGGCCUGGCCCGCAACAAGCUCUCGCUGCUCUACCAGCUCGCGCCCACCCUCGGCUACUCCUUCUCCUACUGCCUCCCGUCAUCCUCCUCCUCCGGCUACCUCUCCAUCGGCUCCUACAACCCGGGUCAGUACUCCUACACGCCCAUGGUGUCCAGCACGCUGGACGACUCGCUCUACUUCAUCAAGCUCUCCGGGAUGACCGUCGCCGGGAAGCCGCUGGCCAUCUCGUCCUCCGAGUACUCCAGCCUGCCCACCAUCAUCGACUCCGGCACGGUCAUCACGCGCCUGCCCACCACCGUCUACGACUCCCUCAGCAAGGCGGUGGCGGGGGCCAUGAAGGGGACCAAGCGCGCGGACGCCUACUCCAUCCUCGACACGUGCUUCGUGGGACAGGCGUCGAGCCUGCGCGUCCCGGCGGUCAGCAUGGGCUUCUCCGGCGGCGCGGCGCUCAAGCUGUCGGCGCAGAACCUGCUCGUCGACGUGGACAGCUCCACGACGUGCCUCGCGUUCGCGCCCGCGAGGAGCGCCGCCAUCAUCGGCAACACCCAGCAGCAGACGUUCAGCGUCGUCUACGACGUCAAGAGCAACAGGAUCGGCUUCGCCGCCGGCGGCUGCAGAUAA